AUGGUACUCGCCAACCAGAAUAUCGAAGCUGUCAUGGAUAAAGGUUACUCGACGUUUUCGGCCGAUCCUUUUGUUAUAACCAACCCAAUGUCUCGUAAAUUGGUGAAGGUGGUUAGCAGAUUUGCUAUUGAGAUGAUUUGGAAGCAAAUCCAAAUAUUCAAGAAAGAGAGCCUUGAUCGCUGCUUGAGACCUUCUACACAUAUUAUAUACAAGGAAGAAUAUGAUCAGGUAUUCAGCAGCCAGAGAAACAGUAAUAGAUGGGACAAUGUAGUUAUCCGCAAGGAUACUGUCAUUCCCCUCUCCUCUGUGGACGCAAGAUGGAUUGUCGGAAAAGUGGCCUGGAGCAAUAACUCGAACCCUCUUCAUAGUGUGCACCAGUUGUUGUCAGCAGAAAUGUACACUAAGACGAAUGCCACUGACACUAAUUUCCACACGCUUCGACAGGACAUAGAAGAAGUACCAUUUGAGCAUGUACGAAAAGAAAAACUUGAUGUUAUCAGCCACAUGGUUGACAGAAUCAAUGAUAAUCUCGAUAUCAGUACUUAUAACUCGUUUUUUAUAAAAAUUGUCAAGACGGGGAGAAUUCUUUCCAAAGGUGAAGCCGUUGAUGCUAAAUUGAAGAAGCUUAAGCAAGUGACAUUCGAUGAUUCUACCAUCAUUGAUGAUAGUAUCAAGCUUUAUUUAUUCUUGCGCUGCGUUGGAAUGCUUCAGUUCAAGUUGAAGCACGUCACUUCGGUGACAAAAGUUCUUAGCGAAGGAAAUUGUGUUUUUCGUUCCGUUGCUGCCUCUGUAGGAAGAGACGAAGUCAUACGAAUUGCGCUGUCUCUUGGUGAAGAACUCUCAGGUGACUUCGAGAAGGAUGAGGGUUUUUACAUGGAUUUGCUUCUUUGCUGUUCCCUUUGGGAGUACCAGACACUAUUAGAAUCGAUAUGGCUCUCUGAAAUAGGCAAAUGCAACAAAGACAAAUAG